AUGGACAACUACUACACCUCCUUCUUCGCCCGCGCCCACCCGCUCAAGGUCGAGUACACCACCCCCGAGAGCUGCCUCAACGACCUCAAGGGUAAAAUCGGGAGCAUGUUUGACCACGACACUAGUGGCAAUCUGGACGGCGUCAGCUGGUGGCCCCUGAAGCCCUAUGAGCGCCCGCUGAAGGAGGGUGAGGUGCGGCUGCGGUGGUCUUCGAAGUGCUGCAGCACCGAGCUGACGUGGAUAGUGAGCCAGAGGUUUGUGGAGAGAUAUGAAGAGUGGCUGAAGGCUGUGGAUGAGCCGACGUCGCCGGCGUUUGUGGGUGCUGGUGCGAAGGAUGGUGAUAUUGCGGGUGUAAAGAGUGAGCAUGAGGAGGGCGAUGCGAAAUAG